AUGAGCACUUCGUAUACUAUUGUCAUUAAGCUUGGAUCUUCGUCCUUAGUCGAUGAGAAAACCAAGGAGCCCAAGCUAUCCACCAUGGCAAUGGUUGUUGAAACCGUGGUGAGACUUCGCCGAAACGGUCAUCGCGUUGUGCUUGUUUCGAGCGGAGGAAUCGCGGUAGGUUUGAAAACGCUCAACCUUGAAAGGAGACCCAAGCAUCUCGCACAGGUCCAGGCUAUUGCGGCGGUUGGUCAAGGAAGGCUAAUCGGGCGGUGGGACGCUCUUUUCUCCCAGUUCAGCCAGAGAAUUGCACAGAUUCUGAUCACGAGAAAUGAUAUUGUAGACUGGACUCAGUAUAAAAAUGCACAGAACACGAUCCACGAGCUGCUGCAGAUGGGCGUGGUUCCUAUUGUCAACGAAAACGAUACACUGUCCGUUAGUGAAAUCAAGUUCGGCGACAACGACACACUUUCUGCGAUUACUGCUGCACUCUGUGGCGCAGACUACCUGUUCCUACUUACAGAUGUGGACUGCCUUUACACGGAUAAUCCAAGGACAAAUCCUGAAGCAAAACCUAUCCUGGUUGUGCCCGCGACUUCGCAAGUGUCGGAGGGCACGCUUGGUGUUAAAACUUCAAGCGGAUCGGGUUCCGACGUGGGUACUGGCGGCAUGACCACCAAGCUAAUUGCUGCAGAGCUAGCGACCAAUGCGGGUGUGAAUACAAUCAUCAUGAAAAGUACCGAGCCCAGUAACAUCUCAAAGGUGGUUUCUUAUAUGCAGAGUCGCGAAUCAGCGACGACUUCUGCGAACGGGGACAUCGAAGAACUACAGAAGCUCGAGCUUUUGUCGCUACAGGAAGGGGAUGUUCCUUUGCAUACAAGGUUCGUGGCCGAUAAAAAGCAGAUGCACUUGAAGAACAGAGAGUUCUGGAUGUUGCAUGGUCUUGUCAGCAAGGGUGCCAUCAUUAUUGACCGCGGCGCGCAUGCUGCCUUGACAAGGAAGAACAAAGCCGGAUUAUUGCCCGCCGGCGUUAUCGAAGUGGAGGGAAACUUCCACGAGCAUGAGUGUAUUGAUCUGAAAGUCGGAGCGCGGCUCGAGAACGGAGAACUGGAUCCGGCAUGUGAGCUGGAGACAAUUGGACGGGCGCGCUGCAAUUACACAAGCCUCGAGAUAAGCAAGAUCAAAGGUCUACAGAGUGAUCAGAUUGAGAACGUAUUGGGCUACGCGGACAGUGAGUACGUAGCGCACCGGGAAAACUUGGCGUUUCCACCACAUUAG